UCAAACUCCCAGCUGCCCCUGGAGCGCUUCUGACUCUCAUCCAAUCAGAGAAAAGAGAGAAUUAAAGGAAACAGACGCACUGCGCAUGGGCGUGGCUGCUUUCCGACUUCCCGGGUAAAGAUGGCAGAGCGCGGUUACAGCUUUUCGCUGACUACAUUCAGCCCAUCUGGUAAACUUGUCCAGAUUGAAUAUGCUUUGGCUGCUGUGGCUGGAGGGGCCCCUUCAGUAGGAAUUAAAGCUGCAAAUGGCGUAGUAUUAGCAACUGAGAAAAAGCAGAAAUCCAUCCUGUAUGAUGAAAGGAGUGUACACAAAGUGGAACCGAUUACUAAGCAUAUCGGUUUGGUGUAUAGUGGCAUGGGCCCAGACUACAGAGUGCUUGUGCACAGAGCUCGGAAACUUGCCCAGCAAUACUAUCUUGUGUACCAAGAACCCAUUCCCACAGCCCAGCUGGUACAGAGAGUAGCCUCUGUGAUGCAAGAGUAUACCCAAUCAGGUGGUGUUCGUCCAUUUGGUGUUUCUUUACUUAUUUGUGGAUGGAAUGAGGGACGACCAUAUUUAUUUCAAUCGGAUCCAUCUGGAGCCUACUUUGCCUGGAAGGCCACAGCAAUGGGGAAGAACUAUGUGAAUGGGAAAACUUUCCUCGAGAAGAGAUAUAAUGAAGACCUAGAGCUGGAAGAUGCCAUUCAUACAGCCAUCUUAACUCUAAAGGAAAGCUUUGAAGGGCAAAUGACAGAAGAUAACAUAGAAGUUGGGAUCUGCAACGAAGCUGGCUUUAGGAGACUCACCCCCACUGAAGUGAAGGAUUACUUGGCUGCCAUAGCGUAAUAAAGAUGUGCCUCAACAAUCCUGAUCUCACACAGUCUAUCCAAUCUAUCUACUUAUUCAUGUUUAAAGUAUGUUUUGUUUGUGCAGACUUAUUUCUACAUGGUUUAAUGGAUUCACAUUUUUAAAAUAACAAUCAUAAUAAACUGUUAAAACCAA